AUGGAGGAACUUGGGUUAUAUCGCAUUAACAACUUUGUUGUUACAUCAAAUUCCAAGAAAUUUAAAGACUACAACGCACAAGCACAGGUUGAUUUUCAUAAAAACAACUUCUAUCGAGAUCCUUCAUUUCAUAUGGACAUCUUUAAUUUGCAUCCAUUUGACCAACUGACAAUUCACCAUAUUAUCGAUGACACAGAACUUUUUGAUGUUGUUGGCCAGGUUGUAACAUAUAAAGGUGUUCAAACAUUCAAGCAAGGAGACAGUAAUAGUGUAUUCAUAAAUAUUGCGCUAGAAGAUGAUAAAUUAAAUGCAGCAUGUGAUUCUAAUUAUGAGCGGCUUAGCCAGACAAAUUCUCAACAGUGUAAUUCUAUCACGGAUGAGUUAGCCAAAGGAAUUGUACCUUUUAAAUAUAUCAAUGAUUUGACUGUAUGCACAGAAGAAGCUAGCUAUUGGAUUGCUGCAAAAGUUGUUUGUUUUGAUCUUGAUCAUGGUUGGUCAUACAUGGCUUGCAACAAGUGUAUUAUAAAGGUUGAACAAGAUGGAAACUCAUUUUUUUGUCCAAAAUGCAAUUCAGAGGCAAAAGUUGUUCACAGGUAUAGGCUGCAAGUUCGUGUAAUGGAUGAAACUGAUCUUAUAACCCUAUUACUUUGGAACCGUGAAGCUGUGCAACUUAUGGAAAAAACUGCAAAAGAAUUAAAGAAGGGCUUAAUUGAUGAUGAUGAAUGUUUGUAUCCAAGUGAAUUGGAUGAUAUUGUUGAAAAAAAACUCAUGUUUAAGGUCACGGUGAAGGAAUCUAAUAUAUACAAGCAGGAUGAAGUCUACAAAGUUCUAAAAUUUGCUGCUGAUGAAUCUUUUUUCAAGGAAUAUUGUCAUCCUUCACUAAACUUUUUCAAGGAAUAA